AUGUACGAGAAGAUGUGGCACUUCCUGACCCAUAUGAGUAUGGAUUCCCUCCCGCCAGAAGGGAAUUCGGAGAGGGAUCAUCAGGUUCUGCUCAAGGAGGGGGAGGAGGAGCCUACUAUUCACCGUAUGGUCAUCAAUUUCAAACCCCGCAUCAAAGCUUCCAGACUCCGAUUCCAAAUGUUUAUUAUGGUCCUCCAGCCACUGCAACCCCACCUCCAUUGCCACGAAAUACUGGAAUUGGAUAUGGAGUUCGUUCAAGGAAUAGACGUCGAAGGGAGGGACGCGGACGUGGAGCACAAGAGUGAGGUGUUCUUUAGAGUUGUUAAGUUGUUCUAUUUCUUUAGAGUUGUUAAGUGGUUCUAUUUCUAA